AAGCCCGCCCCUUUCUGUGACACCGUGCCUCAACCAAUCACAGUAAAUAUACGUCACAUCCGCGGGAUGCUUGAGAUUUUCGAGGGAGUUUAACAAAACAAACCAUCACUGACAGAUUAAGACGCACGAUUUAUAGUAACUGGCUGGCAGACUUGUUGCCUUAGCUCAGAGUAUGCGCAGGUCUGGAGCUCCGAGUCAGCUCAGCGGCAAUGAUGCAAAGAAACCCCGGUUUAUGCCUCCCUUAUCAAGGGUUGAAUCAAGAUCAUCACUACCAUCACCUACACCGACGCCUACAUUAGGAAAUGUGCUGCUUAGUAAGGUCCAGAUGUGUUUGAGUAGUGGAGAUGCUUCAGCUGUGUCUAAAGCUCCAGCAAGCAGUAAGGCUUUAGCCAGAGUCUUGAGUGCUCUUCCUCAGGGGGAAUGUAAGGAAAACAACUUAAGAUCAUCAUCAUCUGACUUUUCUGAAGCAGAGCAAUCAACAGACAAAGACAGCUGCUCGGUGCAGUCAAGCACUCAUGCCAACUCUACGUCUACCGUGCACUACUAUAGUGUUAUGUGGUGCAAGGCAUCAUCAAGGAAGCAUAAGCGCUGGGAGGGCGACGCUGUGCUGAUUGCAAAGGGGCGGAGUGUUGUCCUCAAAGACAUGGAGGGACGGGACAUUGGACGAGGAUCAGGCUAUAAAGCCUCUGAGCUGGAAAGUCUGUCUGAGGGUCAGACUCUUAAUGUGGGAGGAAAACAAAUCGAGGUAAUGGGAGUCAUUUCCGAUGAAGACUACGUCAAGGGCCGUUGUUUCCAAGAUGCCACUGUCGAGACGUCUGCAGAGGCAAUUGUAAAGGCUCCUGUAUAUCGACCACUGGCCAAAUCCUUUACAAGGCCCGGACUUAAAGGAGCGCUACAAGAUUUCACCCCUGAAGGAGCCCCAUGUAAACCCAAACAUGACCCGAAUGCACCAGGAGCUCUUGUGAUGCCACGGCCAACCACUGAUCACCAGUGGCUAAAUAAUAAAUCUGGUUCUCCACUGGUGGAUGUGGUCGUGGACCCUCACCUGACCAAUCAUCUUCGGCCACAUCAGAAAGAGGGCGUGGUCUUUCUUUAUGAAUGCUUAAUGGGAAUGAGAUUGGCUGGCCGCUGUGGGGCAAUUUUAGCAGAUGAGAUGGGGCUUGGGAAGACCCUACAGUGUGUUUGUGUGCUGUGGACACUACUGAGACAGGGUCCCUACGGUGGGCGGCCUAUAAUUAAGAGAGCGCUUGUGGUGUGUCCAGGUAGUUUGGUGAAGAACUGGGCUGCUGAGUUUAAUAAGUGGCUGGGGAGAGAGAGGAUCAGUGUUUACACCGUGGACCAGGAUCACCGUGUGGAGGAGUUUGCUUCUUCUCCAAUUUACACUGUGAUGGUGAUCAGUUAUGAGAUGUUGCUGCGCUCUGUGGACAAAUUGAAAGAGCUGGAUUUUGGAGUGCUAGUCUGCGAUGAAGGACAUCGACUCAAAAACAGCAAUAUUAAAACAUCUGGUGCCCUCACUGCUCUUUCAUGUCAGAGGCGCCUUAUAUUAACAGGCACUCCUGUGCAGAACGAUCUGCAGGAGUUUUAUUCCAUUGUCGAGUUUGUAAAUCCAGGAAUUCUGGGAACAUCUGCGGCCUACAGAAAGAUUUAUGAAGAACCCAUUCUCAGAUCUCGACAGCCCUCGUGCACAGAGGAGGAGAGAUUUAUUGGAGAGGAGCGUGCCGCUGAGCUCUUCCGUCUAACAGGGGUGUUUACGCUGCGACGCACGCAGGAGAUUAUCAAUCAGUAUUUGUCAGAGCGGAUCGAGUGGACUGUAUUUUGCAAACCCACCGAACUGCAGCUGCGUCUGUAUGGAGUCCUGCUGGCCACACGUCCCAUCAAAGCCUGCCUUUCCAGUGCCGGCACACACUCUUACACACACAGCCCACACCUUGCAUGCAUCAACGCUCUUAAGAAGCUUUGCAAUCACCCCGGGCUGCUGUAUAACACUCUACAGGAAAAGACGAAUGAGAUGUUCGAGGAUGAAAUGAUGGAGCUUUUUCCUGAAGGCUACUCCGCGGGUGCUUUUAGCACUGCAGAUUCUGGGAAGCUUCUAGUGCUAACAGACCUUCUGUCUGCAAUCCAGGAUGUCAAUUGCAAAGACAGGGUUGUUUUGGUGUCUAACUACACACAAACUCUUGACUUGCUGCAAAAUGUCUGUGAUCACAUUGGCUACAAAUGGUGUCGGCUCGAUGGACAGACGCCUGUUGCCCAGCGACAACGAAUUGUUGAUUCUUUUAACAGUCCACAUUCUUCCAACUUCCUGUUGCUUCUCAGCUCUAAGGCUGGAGGGGUGGGGCUUAACCUCAUUGGUGCCUCCCAUCUUGUUUUAUAUGAUUUAGACUGGAAUCCAGCCAAUGACAUACAGGCCAUGGCACGAGUAUGGCGAGACGGACAGAAGAAAACAGUUCACAUCUACAGGCUACUUACAACAGGUUCUAUAGAAGAGAAGAUCUAUCAGAGACAGGUGAGUAAACAGGGGCUUUCUGGUACAGUGGUCGACAUGACCAAAAAGGCUGAGCAUAUUAGCUUUUCUGCCGAAGAGCUGCGGGACCUUUUUACUUUUGAGCCAAAUACCACCUGUCUCACUCAUGACCUGCUGGGCUGCCAGUGUGCCGGUGAUGGAAACACACCAGGUGUUGUGAAUGAGGUAAAUGAGGAGACUGGAAGGGCAUGCCAACUCGGUCGCCAUGUUAAUAGCACAGCAGCGUUUCCACAACGUGUCAGCAUGUCUGAGCUUAUGCAAUGGAGGCAUUUCGCUGGAACCGUCCAAUCAUACGAUGACAUUUACUUAAAUCGGGCUUGUAGCCAUGUUACGUAUGCCUUUCAGAGCACCACUUAAAAUUACCAAACCACAGUAUAAACUUUCUCAUUUACUUAUACUUACAAACCCAAUACCCUCAUGUUUUUUGUAAAUCUGUCAUGUGACAUAUGUGCUGUUAAUAAAUUUGUCCUUGUAUAUAUUAA